CUUUUGCUGUUUAGUGACAUUGCCUGGAUCAUCUAUAGUUUGACUGUAUCCCAGGAAGAGGGGCGGACUGACCAUUUGAAAACUCGGUCAGUAGGGGGCCCCAUGAGAUGCCCCUGGUACCUUUUUUAUAGGCUUUUUUGAGGGCGGACUGACCAUUUGGAAACUCGAGCACUGCCCGAGGGCCCGGGGUCAGUAAGGGGCCCCAUGAGAUGCCACUGGUACCUUUUUCAUAGGCUUUUUUGAGUUUGGGCAAGGACACAGGGGCCCCAUGAUCCCCUAUUGCCCGGGGGCCCCAUGA